GAUAUCUUCUUGUUGAUUAUUAAGAAUCAAUACAAAAGAUAGCUAGAGAAACUGAAAUUCAAAGAGGAUAUAGAGAGAUGUCUUCUAGUUCUACAACAAACAGGACGAAUUGCUCAAGGGGCAGUUCAGCUAGAUCUAGGCAUGGUGCUAGAGUUAUUGCUCAGACUUCAGUUGAUGCAAAGCUCCAUGUGGAGUUUGAGGAGUCUGAGCAACAGUUUGAUUACUCUAGUUCAGUUAACUUGUCUAAUUCCACUAGCAAUCUUCCAUCUUCAACUGUAUCUAAUUAUCUCCAGAAAAUGCAAAGGGGAAGUCUAAUUCAGCCGUUUGGAUGUAUGAUUGCUAUCGAUGAGCACAACUUUGCUGUCAUAGCGUAUAGCGAAAAUGCACCAGAAAUGUUGGACUUGACACCUCAUGCUGUUCCAAGCAUCGAACAGCAAGAGGCUCUGACAUUUGGAACUGAUGUCAGGAAACUGUUUCGAUCUGCAGGUGCUUCUGCCCUUGAAAAAGCAGCCAGCUUUGGAGAACUUAGUUUGCUAAAUCCUAUUUUGGUUCAUUGUAAAAACUCAGGGAAGCCUUUCUAUGCGAUUCUGCACCGCAUUGAUGUUGGAUUAGUAAUAGAGUUGGAGCCUGUGGAUCCAGAUGAGGUCCCUGUAACUACAGCAGGAGCUAUAAAAUCUUAUAAGCUAGCAGCUAAAGCCAUUGGAAAAUUGCAAUCUCUGCCAAGCGGGGAUAUAUCAUUGUUAUGUGAUGUAUUAGUUAGAGAAGUGAGUCAUUUGACAGGCUAUGAUCGUGUUAUGGUUUAUAAAUUCCACGAGGAUGAACACGGGGAAGUAGUUGCUGAAUGUCGUAUGCCUGAACUAGAACCUUAUCUUGGCUUGCAUUACCCUGCUACAGAUAUACCACAAGCUUCAAGAUUUCUCUUCAUGAAGAAUAAGGUUAGGAUGAUAUGUGAUUGCUUAGCUCCACCAAUUAGGGUGAUUCAAGACCCAAGAUUGGCUCAGUCGCUGAGCCUUGGUGGAUCCACAUUAAGAGCUCCCCAUGGCUGUCAUGCACAAUACAUGACCAAUAUGGGUACUGUUGCAUCUAUGGCGAUGUCUGUGAUGAUUAGUGAGGAAGAUGAUGAGUUGGAUAGUGACCAGCAAGUGGGAAGAAAACUGUGGGGUUUGGUAGUUUGCCAUCACAGUUGCCCUAGAUUUCUUUCUUUUCCUUUGAGGUACGCGUGUGAGUUCUUGCUACAAGUUUUCAGUGUUCAGAUCAAUAAAGAAGUGCAAAUGGCAGCUCAACUUAAGGAAAAACAGAUACUGCAAACUCAAACUGUUCUGUGUGACAUGCUUCUAAGAGAUGCUCCCAUGGGGAUUGUUACUCAGUCUCCUAAUGUUAUGGACCUUGUAAAGUGUGACGGGGCUGCACUUUAUUAUAGGAACAAACUUUGGUUGCAUGGUGUUACCCCUACGGAGUCCCAAAUCAGAGAUAUAGCUGAAUGGCUUAAUGAAUCUCAUGGUGAUAGUACAGGUUUAAACACUGAUAGCCUCAUGGAAGCUGGCUGCCCAGGUGCUUCUGUGCUCGGUGAUGCGGUAUGUGGAAUGGCUGCUAUAAAAAUAACUUCAAAAGAUUUCCUCUUCUGGUUCCGCUCCCACACAGCUAAAGAGAUCAAGUGGGGUGGUGCAAAACAUCUUCCUGGAGACAAGGAUGACGGAAGAAAAAUGCACCCAAGGUCAUCAUUUAAAGCCUUUCUGGAGGUUGUUAAGCGGCGGAGCCUGCCUUGGGAAGAUGUGGAAAUGGAUGCCAUCCAUUCCCUGCAGCUGAUAUUGCGAGGAUCUUUGCAAGAUGAGGCUGCUGAUUGUUCUAAAAUGAUUGUGAAUGUCCCUGCUGUAAAUACCAGUAUAGAUAGAGUGGAUGAACUUCAUAUUGUCACAAACGGAAUGGUUCGUCUCAUUGAGACAGCAUCAUUACCCAUUUUGGCUGUUGAUGCUUCAGGCCGUAUCAAUGGAUGGAACUCUAAAGUUUCUGAACUAACUGGAUUACCGGUAGAGAAUGCUAUAGGUGUACCUUUGGUUGAUUUGGUUAUUGAUGGUACAACAAACACAAUUAAAGGUGUUCUCUCCCUGGCUUUGCAAGGCAAGGAGGAGAAAAAUGUAGAAAUCAAACUUAGAACACUUGGUCCUCAAGAAAAGGUCGGGUCAAUUACAAUAGUGGCUAAUGCCUGCUGUAGUCGAGAUGUUAGACAAAACAUUGUUGGAGUUUGCUUUAUUGGAAAAGAUGUUACUGGGCUAAAGCUGAUUAAGGACAAAUAUAGUCGCAUUCAAGGUGAUUAUGUUGGAAUUAUCCGCAGUCCAUCUCCUUUAAUUCCUCCAAUUUUUGUGAUGGAUGAACAUGGAAGAUGUGUGGAAUGGAAUGAUGCUAUGCACAAGUUUACUGGGUCGAAGAGGGAGGAGGUCAUUAAUCAAAUGCUUCUUGGUGAAGUUUUCACAGUCAAUAGCUUCGGUUGCAGGGUUAAAGAUCAAGACACAUUGACCCAGCUCACGAUAUUAUUGAAUAGAGUAAUUGCUGGUGGGGAAGGUGAGAAAUUGUUUUUCGGGUUAUUUAAUAAACAGGGUAAGUAUAUUGAAGCCUUAAUCUCUGCAAAUAAAAGGGUUGAUGACAAUGGUCGGGUAACUGGGGUCUUGUGCUUCCUGCAUGUUCCUAGUCCAGAACUUCAAUAUGCAAUGCAUGUGCAAAAGCUGUCAGAACAAGCUGCUAAAAAUAGUCUUAAAAAGUUGGCUUAUGUUCGACUUGAACUAAAAAACCCUUUAAAUGGAAUAAACUGCAUACAGAAUCUGCUGAAAUCUUCUGAUUUAAGCAAGGAUCAAAGGCAAUUGCUGAAGACAAGCACAAUGUGUCAAGAACAACUAGCCAAGAUCAUUGAUGACACUGAUAUUGAGAGUAUUGAGGAAUGCUAUAUGGAAAUGAACUCUUGUGAGUUCAAUCUUGGAGAAGUUGUUACAGUGGUCAUUAAUCAAGUUAUGAUUCUUAGUCAGGAGCGCAAGGUUCAGGUCACAUGGGACUCGCCUGUCGAAGUAUCACAGCUGUACCUGAUUGGUGACAAUUUGAGGCUUCAACAAGUCCUUUCUGACUUUUUGACCACAGCUAUCCUCUUUACUCCCUUUGAAGACUCCUCUGUGCAUUUCAGAGUAAUUCCAAGGAAGGAACGUAUAGGGACGAAGAUGUACGUCAUGCAUCUUGAAUUUCGGAUCACUCAUCCAUCCCCAGGGAUACCUGACGAGCUAAUUCAACAUAUGUUCCACUACAGUCAGAGCAUAUCAAGGGAAGGUCUUGCCCUAUACAUCAGCCAGAAACUUGUUAAAAUCAUGGAUGGCACCGUCCAGUAUCUUCGUGAGGCGGAGAGAUCCUCAUUCAUUAUAUUAGUUGAAUUUCCGCUGGUGGAGAAGAAGAACAACUAAUAAUUCCAGACAUAAGUGUUCCUGACUAUCCUGCUGCAGACAACAUAUUU